AUGGUAAAUAACCGUGGGAUUGAGGCUAACCCAGAGAAGAUAAAGGCCGUGCUCGAGAUGAAGGCACCCAAGACUCUGAAGCAGCUUCAGUGCCUCAAUGGCAGGAUCGCAGCCUUGAAUAGGUUCGUGUCAAGAUCGACGGAUAAAUGUCUUCCGUUCUUCAAAGUUCUUAGGAAGAAGGGACCGUUUGAAUGGACGGAAGAGUGUGAGCAAGCGCUAGGGCAAUUAAAAGACUAUCUCUGCUCGGCACCUCUACUCGCAAAGCCAUUGCCAGGGGAAAAGCUCCAUUUGUACCUGGCGGUAUCUGCUAGCGCCGUCAGCUCGGCACUGAUCAAGCAGAAGGGUGCGAGUCAAAGCCUCGUUUAUUACACCAGUAAGGCCAUGACCGAGGCUGAGAUCAGAUAUCCCCAAAUGGAGAAGCUGACCCUCGCUUUAGUCACCUUGGCCCGAAGACUCAGGCCGUACUUUCAGGUGCACACUGUUAGUGUACUUACAAAUUUUCCCCUUAAGAACAUCUUCCUUAGGCCUGAAACUUCAGGACAUCUGAUGAAGUGGGCAUUGGAAUUGAGCGAGUACGACAUCCAAUUCGAGCCCAGAACUGCAUUGAAAGGGCAAGCAGUGGCCGAUUUUAUCGCAGAGCUCACUCCACCACCUCUUUCGGCCAAAUCCGACCUCCCAUGGACGAUCUACGUUGAUGGAUCUUCCAACGAGAAGGGGUGCGGGGCAGGAAUUCUCUUGCUCGCACCAGGAGGUGAGCGAUUCGAGUAUGCCCUACGAUUCAACUUUCAGACGUCAAAUAAUGAGGCCGAGUAUGAACCACUCCUAGCAGGCCUGCGCGUUGCCAAAGGGCUGGGGGCCAAUCACAUUAAGGUUUUUAGUGACUCUCAGCUAGCUGUAAAUCAUAUCAAGGAGGAGUACCAAGCGAAGGACGCCCGAAUGGAAAAAUAUCUGAGCAAGGUCAGAUCGCACCUCGCCCAUUUCGAGACUUACGAGGUGAGUCAAGUUCAGAGAUCUGAGAACUCUAAUGUAGACACCUUAGCCAAGUUGGCAUCAGCAUACGAGACCGACCUGGCUAGAUCGGUCCCGGUCGAAAUCAUGGACACUCCUUCAGUCUUGGAGCCAGAUGUAAUGGAGGUCGAUACCCCGUCACUUACUUGGAUGGACCCAAUCGUGGAGUUCAUCAAAGGAAACCCACCGCAAGAUCCGAAGGAGCAAAAGAAGAUGGCGCGAAGAGCAGCUCGUCGAGAUCGGCAUACCAACAGACAGGGUAGAGCAGUACGAGCCAACGAGGAACGAGGAAGAGCUACUCCUUAA